ACAUCCGUUUUGACGGCCUCUACUUCCUGGCUAGUCGUCGGCUUGGUUUGGUUUUUGUGUGCGUGUGUGAGUGUGUUUUUGCUGGAAAUGUUGCGACGUGGACUUGUUUGGCCGUGGAAAGUGUAACCGCCGACCGCUGGCUGUCGUUUGAGUCCCCGACAUGACGUCGUUCCAAGUGAUGUCGCUGUUGCGAGGUUUGAGGUCGACGGCGGUCACGACCUUCUUUCAAGUAUCCCAGCACGUCGGCACAUGGACAUGCCCCCUGGCAAGCCGACCCAUGGCCACCCUCAACCAGAUGCACCGGAAGGGGAAGCCCAAGCCCGUGCCCAAGGCGCCAGGCGCCACCUUUGGCCAGCCACAGAUGAAGGCGGUGGUCCUGAAGACGAUGAUCCGCAAGCCCAAGAAACCCAACUCGGCUAACAGGAAGUGCGCCCGCGUGCGCCUGUCCAACGGCAAGGAGGCGGUAGCCUUCAUCCCGGGCGAAGGCCACAACCUGCAGGAGCACAAUGUGGUCCUGGUGCAGGGCGGCCGUACUCAGGACCUGCCCGGCGUCAAGCUCACCAUUGUCAGGGGCAAAUACGACUGCGCGCAUGUCAUCAAGAAGAAACAGUGAAGGCACGCGGUUGCCGAUGGUGACGACUGCAUGGACAGCCGUUCGACAUAAUUCGCUCAUUCUGUCUGGAAAGGCAUUUUCAGUGGGGGAACUGUGUUAGAUCCACUAUGCAUCCAGAAGUUGAUGAAAGGACAAUUGAAGUUGACCUCUAAGGGUCAUUGAGCAUUUAGGGUUCAUCCGGAAAUGUCAUCCCACACAAACUUUUUGGGAGCUUCCCAAAGAAACGACAAAAACAUGAACCACAUGUACGAGCAAACCAAAAGAAUGGAUGGUGUCUUCAUGUACUCACAAUGUUGCAGCCGUCUGUCGCCAUGACAUGCCAGUCACUUGAAGGCACCCAUUUUGGUAUGGGCUAAUAAAAUACCACUGUUCACUUC